AUGGACUUUACAUCAACACCAGAUUUUCCUCCAACAUCUGAUCCAGCAUUAUUAGAAGAUUGGGAGGAAUCAUUUGACCCUCUGAUUUUACCAUUAAAUACUAAAUCGGACGAAUUCGAAGCAUUACAUUUGUUUGAAGAGGAAACUCGGCUGAGGAAGAAUAGAGAAAAGGAGGUUAUUCAACAUAGAGCUUGGAAAGUUGCAGAGGUCUUUCGAAGCGAAGCAGAUCAUAUUCAGGAAACACCAAUUCGAAUAAAAUCCUCGAAGCAGCAGCAUUCCUUUUUCAUACCCUCCUCCCCGCCAGAUCUCAAAAUGCCUUUAAUAUCGUCGCCAAUCGAAUACCCUCCGAGUUCCUCACCACCUGCGGUGAAAAGACCACAUCCAGUCAAAGCAUCAGACCUUCGAAGGCCACUUAAGAUUGGAGGGUUUCUGCUAGAUGAUGGCUCAGAUAUGGAGGAAGACUUUGAGCAACCUGCAGCUAAACGAAGAAUGACUGAGAAACCAGCAAGUCCGAUACUUGUACCAGAAGAAGAUCCACAAAAAGACUCCGCAAACGAUUAUGAAAGCCGACCACAACCACCGAAAAUUGGACCACGUAAGACUGUUAGUGGUUUCAUGAUUUACGAUGAUGACGAGGAGGACGAUGAGGAUUCAAGGGUGGAGAUUUUGCGAGAGACGCAAUUACUACAACCGGACUUUGAACCUACGACACAUUCCCAUGGGGGCAAUAAUCAUACUUCAACAUUGCCAGCUUUUCUCAACAAUAAAACAACAAAAGCUGGAGAUAUACAAACAUGCUCGGGGAAAUCCUUUUCGAUUAACUUGAAGAAGAAAGCUGCACCUAUCCCAUUCGAGAAAUUGGUAGCAGCAAGAUCUACCACAAAGGCUGGACGAGCAAAGAAGAGUUACUAUGGGAUAAAUAUACAUGAAUUGGUCGAGGAAGCUUCGAAAGAGACUAAGGCGAGGGAAUUACGAAAAGCCGAAACCGACAACAAAAUCAUACCUUCGAUCGAGAACUUCGCAGGGAAAAAACCUCGCAAGUCAUUGAUGUGGACCGAAAAGUAUCGGGCGAGACAUUUCAUGGAACUUUGUGGGGAUGAUCGCACCCAUCGUCAAGUACUACGAUGGCUCAAAGCCUGGGAUCCUAUUGUUUUUCCUAAAUCCGGAAAGCCUAAAGUUGCGCCGACGAAGAAAUUUGGGGAACCAGAUGAUGAAAAACCUCAUCGCAAAAUUUUGAUGCUUACCGGACCUCCCGGUCUUGGUAAAACUACUUUGGCACAUGUUUGUGCAAGACAAGCUGGAUACGAAGUCAUGGAAAUCAAUGCCAGUGAUGAACGAAGUCGCGAUGUGGUGAAGGGUCGAAUUCGAACGAGUGUUGGUACGGAAAGUGUCAAGACUGGUUCGACUGUUACGUCCAAGUCCGGACACGUAUCGAAAAAUGCCCAUCCACUUUGUGUGGUUGUUGACGAAGUCGAUGGAGUUGUAGGAGGUGCCGGUGGAUCGGGUGAAGGUGGAUUUAUCAAAGCUUUGAUUGAUCUAGUACUUCUGGAUCAGAAGAAUUCUUCGACAGUGAAGACGAAUACGAACUACUCAAAGAAGAAAGGUGAUGAUUUCCGACUCAUGAGACCACUAAUCUUGAUCUGCAACGAUGUGUAUCAUCCAUCUCUACGACCGCUACGCAAUUCGAGUUUCGCCGAAGUCAUACACAUCCGAAAGCCACCAUUAGAUGCUGUCGUACAGCGGAUGCAAGCAGUUUUCGAGAAGGAGGGGGUAACCUGCGACAAUGACGCUAUCCGUCGGUUAUGUGAAGCAACGUGGGGAAUAAGUCCCAUGGAUGCUAAGAAAGGAGGUGAAGGAACCGGCGAAGGCGAUCUACGAAGCAUCAUGGUAGUUGGAGAAUGGGCAGCAGGAAAACUCAAAACCGAGUCCAAAGGCCAAAGACCUCGCCUGACUCGAAAAUGGGUUGAACAGAACAUGACUGGCGAUCUAUCCCACGGCGGGGGUGGCUCUCGCGCUGUUGGACGAGGAGGUACCAAAGAAGUCGUGAAUCGUGUCUUCCUCGAGGGUGCUGGUUUCCCUCGGCCUACAAGCUUCAAAGACAUAAUUCCCGAUGAUACUUUUAAUUCAGAGCCCAAGACCCAACUUGGUGUUGCCGAGCUUGUCCGUAAAGCAGGUAUGGAUCGUCUAGGAUCCAUGAUCGAGACUAGCGGCGACACUGAUAGGAUUAUGACUGAUAUCUUUGGCGAAUAUCCCAAUCAACCCUUCAACGACGAUUCCAUACUCUCUAAACCCGAUGCUGCAUACGAGUGGCUUCAUUUCCACGAUAGUUGUUCAUCGCGCGUCUUUUCUGGUCAGGCGUGGGAGUUGGCGGGAUAUCUCACACAACCCGUUUUAGCAUGGCAUCACUUAUUUGCCUCGCCUGCUCGUCACUAUUUCCGGUCCGACUAUCAACCCAACAAGAAAUGGAAUAAAAAUGACGAAGAUGCUGAACCGGAAGCUGAACCCUUACCAUUCACUGGCCCUCGCGCAGAUUUCUCUGCCUUUGAAACGGAAAAAUUAAAUCGGAGUACUAUUCAAGAACUACAAUCCCAACUCGACGCCAAACUUCUGAGAAGUUUUCGAAGUUGCGAGGAUAUCGCUAUGGAUUUGUUGCCGUAUGUUGUGCGCAUCAUCAGUCCGGAGGUCAAACCCAUUAUUGUAGGAGGAAGCGGUGAAACGAAAGGUAUAGCUAGUGUUCGCAAGGAUACGGAAAAAAGAAUGGUCAAGAGAGCUGUGGAUGUGAUGAGUGAAAUCGGUGUCGUGUUUGAAAGAGGAAGAUUGGAGGGUAGUGAUUCGGGAGCGGGGAAAUGGGGGGCGAGUGAGUGGGUUUAUAGGAUGGAACCGCCGCUUGAUACUUUGGUUACUUUUCUCACGUCGCCUUCACGGUCUGAUGCGACCUCGGUUCGUUAUGCGGUUCGUCAGGUGCUGGAUCAGGAAUAUCAGAAGAAUAUCAUUGUAAGAGAAAACGCAGCGAGGCAGGCGAGGUAUAAAGCGGGGAAUGUUGAUGGAGGGGAUGAGGAGUACUCGUUUGAGAAGGGGAAAUUCGGAAAGGGGAAGAGUGAGAGGAAAGCGUUGGGAGCAGGGACGGGAAAUCUUGUAAAGAAGGAUUUCUUUGGGAGAGUUUUGGAAGAUAGAGUACUAGGGAAUAGGGAUGGUAAUGCUGGGGGUGGGGAGAAUCGUUCAAGUGGAGAGAAGGGGAGGGAAGAAAAGAAGGUUUGGGUUACGUUUCAUGAGGGUUUCUCAAAUGCGGUUAGGAAACCUAUUACGAUUGGGGAAUUGAUGAGGGGGUUAUAG